CAGGUCGUCGUCGUUUUUUUUUCUCAUAUUUCGGAUUGGGUGCGGGUGUUGCGUAUGAAGGAAAGAAAGAGAGUAAGGAGCGACCGCGGCAGGGAAUUUUGCAUGUUUGGGUAAAUAUGAAUUUUUGUUCUGUAGUAGUACUAGCACACAAAAGUAUCUCUCUAUCUUUGUUAGAUUUUCUGUUUGACUUAGCAGGUCGGCGACUGGGUGCAGAGGCUGACGUUUUAGUGGUCGCAGCUUUUUGACGACAGCAGCGGUAGUCGUGUUCUUCAGGCGUCAUCAAGUUGUAGCAAGAAAUACGUAGAAGGCACCAACAGCAACAUGACGAGCGACGCCGCUUCGGGCUGGCAGGAUACGAAUUCGAAUGCGCAGUGGCAAGACCAGGGGCCGAACGCUUGGGAUCAUCUGGAUUCGUCGACUUGGAGCAGGUUCUUGGAUGAACUUGAUGUCGAUAUAAGUUGUUUGCGGGGGCUCUAGACAUCUUCAUCAUAGCACUGACAGCGAGUGGAUCUCGGUGAGGAAGACAAAGAUCAACAUGAGCAGAUGCUUGCUAACUUCCAGCAUCCAUGAUAAGCAUAAACCAACUCUAGCAACCAGGGCAGAUAUCGGUACCAUGGUUGUACGCAUCGUUGUGUAAUAUUAAAAACAGUGGCAUCAAGAAGAUUAUUUCAUCAGAAACAUAAACUGACAGCAUCGGUGGAGGUGUCGGCGGAACUUCCGCAGGAGGAGGGGGCAUUGCGAACCUGCACCGUGGCCACAGCGAUGGGCCGCAGCAGCCAGACUAUAAUGCUGCUGGAGGCAACAGGAGCGCUGCUGCGAACGGCGGAACCGCUACUGGGACCACCACGAUGCUAAGCUCGAGUAAUAAGAUGGCGGCCCGUGCCGGUGCUGGCGGGCAACAUCACUACAACCACCAGAGAAGCAACGGGGCGACGAACGGUGCCGGCACUCUAGCCUCGUCAAACAGCAGCACCCUGCACAAUAACUCUUCGUACGCAGCCACCUUCGGAGGAGGAUCGUACAACAAUCACCACCACAGUAGCGCUGCCAAUGGCACAGGAGCAGCCGCGGCGACUACCUCGCAUCAUCAACAUCAAAGUGGCUCCCUCCGGCUUGACGAGCUCGUAGACUUACUGGUGUCCUCCACGACGACCUCCAGCAGUAACAAACACGGCGGACCGGAUGAACAGCACCAAAAUGGCAAUGCCAACGGACUUGGUGCUAGCCAUGGGGUGGGGAGUGCCUCGGACCACGACAACAACGGAACGGGUGGUGGUGCAAGCGGCAAUACCGGUGGCAACAAUAUCUUGGGCGGAAGUAGUAGCCAACAUUACGGGGGUGGCAACGCAAGCGGCUACAACAACGCGCACCACCACACCCGCGGUCGGGGCCACCAUUCAGCUGGUCGUGGCGGCGGGAGCCACGGGCGGGAGUGCACCCUGUGGACGCGGUGGCUGUCGAAGAACGAGC